GAGGCCAAUUGAAAUAGCAAUCCAGUCUCUUCUUCUUCAACAAUCGCCUGCCAGUGUGAUUUGCUUCCGUAGCAUCAGAGUCUCGACAGUAGCACAUCUCCUACGUCUCUAGAAACCUGCGAAUAUGCCAACUCUUGUACAUGAGGUCGAGAUGGAGGUGCCCGCCCCCACCGUCUGGGCAUCAUUGAAGGAUCAGAAUACCAUCUUCCCGAAGAUCGCACCUCACGUGUUUACCAGCAUUGAGGACAUCGAGGGUCCUGAUGGCGUCCCCGGUUCCAUCCGCAAAGUCUCAUUCGGUUCAAUUGCUCCAGGAGCUUUUGUGAAGGAGAAAAUCGUGGACUUCGACAUGGAAAAUUUCAGCGUCACGGCUGAGGAGAUUGAGGGAGGUCACCUGCUUCAAGGGUUCAGCAAGUGGGUUCAAAAAAUGCAAGUCGUCGCAGUUGAUGAUGUCAAGAGUAAGGUAGUACUGACCGUCGAAUACGAAUACAGUAACCAGGAAAUCCUGGAGAGAACUAAGGGAGGCAUGACGACUCUCUUCAAGGCAUUCGAAGGGUACCUCAGACAUUCUCCCUGAGUCCAGGGUUCAUUGCCGAAUGCGAAUUAUCCAUCCUCUCAUAUGCCGGUCGAACUGGCUGAGGCUCUGAGACGGGUUGUACAGAUCUAGAAUAAUAAUAAUUUUUCAACUGCAUACUCUCAAACGCAA